UUUCGUUACCAACUUUAUCAACUCCAUCGAAGAGAGGUACUAACCUCUGUAAUAUUUUUUCGUUAAAUACGCAUAAAUAUUUUUAUUCUAUUUAAAUUAUUAAAGAAAGAAAUCAUGUAUAUAAAUGAAUUCUUUAUAGAUAACGUAUAUUAAUCGGAUAUAAGUGAAAUUUUUAUUGAUAAGUUGUAAUAAGAAUCCAUCGAAGAUGUUGAAACGUACGUUCGAAGAAAUGGAAGCUGCAGUAAAUGAAAGGCAACCAGUCCAAAAUUCUUUGGAUUCGGAUGAAGAGGAUCAAGAAACCAAUGAGGAUACUUAUAAUGUGAUGGAUGAAAAUGAGUUUGAAGGUGCCGAAGAUGGUCCUACUGGUCCAGAAGUUAACGUAGGUUUUACCGCAUUUAAUAUGAAAGAAGAAUUAGAGGAAGGACAUUUUGAUAAAGAAGGUCAUUACUUAUGGAAAAAAGAAAAACAAAUACGAGAUAAUUGGUUGGACAACAUAGAUUGGGUUCAGGUAAAACCUAGAUCUGGAUCAAAUAUAACAAAAAAAUUCAAAGAGAAAUCUCAUGGAUUGGCCGAUAGCGAUAGCGAUGAUGAUGAUGAUGAUGAUGGAGCAGACAUUACAUUUGAUCCAGUUCAUCUGUAUAAACAAAUAUUAGAUUAUCUACAACCUGGAGAAACAGUAUCUAAAGCAUUAUGUAGACUUGGCAAAGGUAAAAAGAGAUUAACAAAUGCCGAAAGGUGGAAGAGGAAAAAGGAAGGAAAAAGUUUACAAACGGAUGAUCAGAAUUCUGCACAAAUAACUAAGCUAACAGAAUUAGCAAACGAGCUAUUAACACGUACUGGCAACAUGGAUAUAUAUCAAGAAAGUUAUGAACAAAUAAAUAAAAAGGUUGAAGAUCGUGGAAAACAUUCUCAUCCUUCUAAAAAGGAGGCAGAUUUAGACAUGUAUUCCGAUGACUUUGAUGUAAAAGAGAAAGCGAAAUUAGAUGAAAAGAACACGGACAAUGAUAAAAAAUCGGAAGACACGAAAUUAGAAAAUACAAAAAAUGAGAAUCAGGUAGAGGAUGUAACAUGGGAAUUAAAAUGGUCGCAAGAAGAAGGCGCCGAAGUACAUGGUCCACAUACGUCUGAACAAAUGCAUGCAUGGGCAAAGGAAGGUUAUUUUAAGAAAGGUGCAUGGGUAAGAAGAACAGGUCAACAAAAUCAAUUUUAUAGUGCAGCGAGAGUGGACUUUGAAUUAUAUCUGUGACAUAUGACAUGUACAAUUGAAGAAAAUCUUGUCAUCAUUUACUUUUGUAAUAUCAAAUUAAUUACCUUUUA